ACUCACACACUACAGUCAUUUGUUUCUUAUCCUUCUUUAGUACUUCUUUAGUACCAUGGUAAAAGCAAGUGUAGUUUAAAAUAAAUGGAGGAAUCUCUUCCCUGUCGAUUUUCUCGGGAAGUGCUCAUCUAAUAAUCUUCACUUCCUUUGGUCCUCAGCAGUACACCCGCCAAGUUUGAAGUCGAUCGGACGAACGGUCGUCGAGAAAAUCAAUAUACAGGGAGGCAGACAGACAGAGGUUCCUCUGUUUAUAGUGAGAUUCUUAUCAGAUUCUUGUGUGGAUCACAUGGCCGUGGAAAACGUCCCACGUUACGUUUCCUCAUCUUUUCUGGGUUCUUGUGUCGCACCGACAGAGCUCCCAACACACGAGCGGAACGUUCAGUCGUGCCCCGUGUUUCCAUGGAGAUAAUUUCCGGAUAUCGGCGGCGUCAGGUCACAAAAUGUUUCCUUUAAUAAUCACAGGAGAUGCUGUUACUCGUCGUAUUAUUUAACUUAUGUUUUUGGUAUCGCUCGGUCGAGGUGCAAUCAUAAAUGGAUUCCAAGGUCUCUGAAAGUAAAGUGUCUCGUCCUCUGAGACGAUCGACAAGGCAGACGUCCGUUAAAGUACUGAGUAUCGAGCCGACCCCCAGGGGUCCUCUGAAGAGGAUCAAAAAGGGCGCAGAAAACCGAGCUCCUGUUGCAGCUGUUAAUGGUUCCAGACAUAAGGAGAAUGGCUCGGAGGAUGAAGAGGGCCCUAGCAAGAAGAUCCGGCUGGACACCGAGAGGGCAGAAGGCGGCAGUGGUGAUGAGAAUGAGAUGGAUGUCCAGGAGUCAGCUGAAGAUAUGGAGAGCGAUCAAAACCAGGAAAUGGAUAUGGAGAGGCAGGAUUCCUCUCAUGGCAGUCAUCCACCCAAAAUAUGCCGAGCAGACGCCAUUGGAGAUGUGAAUUUAUUCCCUCGUGUAGUGCUCCAUGAACGCUGCCGAUCCAGUCACGGUGUAAAUGAAGAUGCAGAAUGGAUUAAAACCAAUAGAGUAAAACCAUCAACCAAAGGACCUGCAGCCCCCACCAAGUCUGCCAUGCAAAGCAGACCACCACCAAACAGACAUGAUGUGCUGAUCCCCAAGAUCACCAGCAUGGCUGAGUACAGGAAGACGAUGGAGACCAAAGCCAAGGGCGCUGCCAUACGCAGAGUUAACCACCUUAUCCAAAAGGAUCCAGCCUCAGAGAAAUGCACAACAGAACGUUUGAAUAACAUUCCAAUUAAAAAAAGAACGGUCCAGCACAAGAAACAAGGAUUCAUGUGGUAUUUAUGGUCUUUGGUUCUCUUGGCGCUGCUCAGUUCCGCUGCAUUGCUGGCAUACAACAAAAUCCCUGUGGUCCAAAGGGUCGCAGAUCUUGGAAGGCAUUUAUCCAGGGCUGUGAAGCCGGAAAUGUUUGCAAAUCAAUUGUCUAUUCUUGAGGCUCAGUUCCCCAGUCAGCGGCCCGAGUUGUGGAAGAGGAGCAAGAUACACCUGGAAAGGCACCUCAAAACAGCCCAGCCCACAGCGCCAGUGAGUCUGAUCUUCACUGCUGGCCGCAGGGCUGAGAGGACGCUGCACUGCCUGGCUGAGGGACUGGCCUCCUCCUUCUCGUCUGCCCUCAAUGCCUCCGUUCUCCACAUCGAUGGAGCGAGCAAAGCCAGCCAGGAUAGCGAUGAAGUGAAGCUGGACAUUGAUAACCAGCUGAAGGCAGCCUUUGAAGGUGGUAAACCUGUGGCAGUCAUUCAUCGCCUCGAGGAGCUGCCUCCAGGCUCUACCCUUAUUUUUUAUCGCUACUGUGACCACGAGAGCGCCGCAUACAAGCAGGUCUUCUUGUUGUUUACUGUGCUACUGCCUCAAGAUGAGAUCAGCAGUGGUUGUCUGAAGGAUGUGGAGGAGAUGGUGCAAGACUAUGUUAAGGAGAGGCUGGUGGGCUCCAGCAGCCAAACUUCCUUCAAUGAAAUGGACACUGACAAGUACAGUGGACUGUGGAGCCGCAUCUCCCACCUGAUCUUGCCUGUGGUGUCUGAGGAGGAAGUGGAGGAGAAAGGAUGCUGAUGAAACAAGCUGGCAUCCCAGAGAAGCUACUACUUUGGACCAGCCUGAUGCUUCUUGCUACUGUGCAGGAGCUAUGAAACAGAGAAGUAAUAUGGAAAUAUAACAUCUGUGCUGUGAUAUUUCACAUAUUGACUUGAUUUAAAAUUUUUGAAAGUGGUAUUAAUCUCUCACUGUCAGAGAUGAGAUUGUACUCAGGCUGCAGUCCAAUGUCUGAUUCAGUUGACCUGCUUACAAGAUGUUCAACACAGUUUUUAAAUACCUGUACAUGUACAGGCAAUGGUGUUGCAACAUUAUUACACUUCCAAAGAAGGGUAUUCAAUGCAUAUUCUUAUGCAGAUUUAACAUACAACAUUUACAAGAUAGAGACCACUUUGUUCAACUGCUUUUUAAUGGACAUUUGCAAUCUAAGAGGAGUUUCUGGUGAAUGACCAGCCUGGACUACACUGGGUCCUUCUUUGGAACUAUCAAAAAAAUGUUUAAUUUUUUGUCGAAAUCCACAAUUCUUGUAUCUUUCUAAGUCAAAUCUCAGAGACAAUUGAUGGCUGACUUUAUUUUUCUGUUUAAUGCCCCCAUGGAGAUGUGUGUCACUUAAUUUAAUUAUUUUGUGCACACAGUUUGUUUGGUUUUGCACUAAAAAUGUUGUUCACUAGCCAUCUUACCAAGAGUACUGGCUUUUAAUAAGAUACAUAUUUUAUAUUCUUUGUUUUUUGUGAAUGUUUAUAUGUUUGGUGAUGUCUUUUUCCUAGAUUGGAAUAUUUUUUGAUAGCUAAAUAUAAAAAUAUAAAAAGUGUGUGUGUGUGUGUGUG